GAAAGUGAGCAAAGCCACAUUUUUGUUUUGGUUUUUUGAGUUCUAUUCUAACAGAAGAAAAGGAUUAUCCGUAUCCGCUAAUGAACUCCGAGAGCAAGAGUUCAGGUCCCAAGCAGGACGCACGCCAGCCUCCCAAGGGCCGGAAUUCUCCGAAACCGCAGACUGGCAACUCAAGCGGUGCCCCUGCGGAUCGCCCACAGCGUCGUCGUGACAACGAGCGCCGCGAGGGCGGGGAGAAGCGCGACGGCGGCGAGCGCCGGGAGCGCCGGGAGCGCCGGGAGCGUCCUGAGCGCCAGGAACGCGGUGAGCGUCCGGAGCGUGGCGAUCGCCAGGAGCGCCCGCGCCGUCCCCAGGUCGGACAGCCCGCCGGGGCUGAUAAGAGCAAGUCUGCUGCGGAGGAGAAGGCCCAUGGACCGGUGGUGUACGUGAAGGGCGACAUCGCUUCAGGAUCGACCUGGGCCAAGAACGGCAGCGGCCCGUCGUUUGCGGACAUGGUGCGUCAAAACGCCAGCGUCGUAGCGGAGAAGACGUCGUCCAAGAACACACCGCCGCCAGCGAAGCAGAGCCCGCCGGCUCAGCAGCAGCAGCAGCAACAGCAUCAGCCGCGCAGGAGCAGGAGCAGGAGCAGUUGCCGCCACCACCGCCGCCGCAGGCUCCGCCUGUGCAGCCCGAGGAGUCGUCUGAGGAGGAGGAGGACUUGGUGA